CUUUUUGUCUCGGGUCACAGAUGAGGGCGAGGUCAGAGCGCAGCCUCGUACUUAAGGAGCUGAACUCGGUUCGGCAUGAGUUGUCCAUAGACACGCUGCCACCACGGUCCAGAAGCGAUCCUUCCAGAAAUCCAAGAGGAUGCAGUGAUCCGCGACCCGGCAGCGAUACGCGUCCAGGCAGUGACCCCACCAGGAAUCAGCAACGGCAGCAACAACCGCAGCAACAUCACCUCUUGAGCGUACCAGUCAUCUACAGACCAAAGAAGAAGACGCGGCCGGUCAGAGACUUCCAGGUGCCGCUGCGCGGCUGCUUGCCGCCCGAAGCGGGCUCCAACCACCACCACACCAGGACAACGCUCACCACGAGCAUCAGCCCGGUGGAGAACACGCGGACAUUGCUCGUACCCGUCGCGAGCCCUGUUUAGCUACACUUUAGUGACCGCAUUGAAGCUUGCCACACGUCAAUGCCAGUGUCUCAGCAAGCAUAUCCCGGAUGGGAUGCCUUGUUAUCAAUAGGGUGAGAAAUCGUCAAUCAAGGAACGUCGAUGGAGUCAAGGUUUCCUUAUCGGCACUUCAGAAAACACAUCAGGCACGUCAUAGGCCUCGUCUUCGCCCUGACGAACGCAAGCUCUCUCGUCGAAAUGACGUUCCUCUUGCGACCAGUUCUUAUCACUUCGAGCAUCCGUGUUUCCUUGACCACUCUGUCUUGUUUGAAUUGUUGCUGAUAUUCAGCUUUGUUGUAAAAGGAUGAUGAUAACGCAGUUAUAUGUUAAAACAUUAUUGUUAGCCGUUGAUAUAGCAUCUCUUGUACGUCUUAAGGGAAAGAAAAUGAUGACGUGCGAACAUGUGC